CCAAAUACUCCACCUAAAAUUUUAUUUUAAAUAUUUAUUGAUUGCCUGCGAUGUUCAUAUAAUAAAUAUUAUAUCAAAGGGGAAGAGAGGAAAGAAGGCAAGCCAUUAGGCUGCCAUUAAGGUCUUCCUGGAGAAACACUGAGGGCGCAGGCACAGCUCUGUGCCAUCCUGUCUCAGCAUCGCCCUGAGAAGUGGCCUGGAGGGGUACGCUGGGCAGCAGGCCCUCAGAGAAGGACAGGCACAUUUCCGGUAACAGCCUCAUUUCCCCUAGUCUCCAGGAAGGGGGGCGGCCAGCACUGGCUAUGGCAUCGGCUGACAUCACUUGUUCGGGAGGAUGGGAGCGCGGGGCCGCCGGGCUCACCUUACCCGUCGCUUGACUGAAUUAACCUCUCGGUUCCCUGCUCCUGCCACGUGAGGUGCCCAAAUAUGGUCACAGCCCGGAGGGGCUAACGAGUGCUUGCCUUUCUCCUGCCAAAGGGAAGGAGGCAGGAACAAAUGUUUAGAGUCAAACGCCAUCAGAAGGCGAGCAAGCGGGGGAUCGGGCCCGCUCCUGGGCGAGUUGGAAGUCAGCGGCUGCAGAAGCCCUCGCCUUGGGCUGGGCGCGUUCUAAGGAGGACGGCGACGGAGGAAGGCGCUCUUGGGACCUCGCGGGCGCGCGUCUUCUAGCUCUUGCCGGCGUUCCUGCGAUUUGGGGAAGGCGUAACCCGGCGGCUGAGCGCGGGAGAAGCGCGGAGGAGCCAUGGGCGCCGGGAGCUCCGCGGAGCAGCAGAACCCGGAGCAGCCCCAGGCGGGGGGCGCCACGCCGGCUGAGCCCGAGCCCAGCGGCGGCGGCCCCACGGCGGAGGCGGCGCUGGACACGGCCGGGGACUCCGGCGUCGCCGCGGCGGACCCAGCCACCAAGCUCUUACAGAAGAAUGGUCAGCUGUCCACUGUCAAUGGCUUAACUGAGCCAGGAGAACUCAGCCUCCAGGAGAGAGCCCUGAAUGGCCAGGAGGAAGAUGUCAUUGUCACAGAUGUUGGGCAGAGAGACUCUGAAGAUGUGAGUGAAAGAGACGCCAAUAAAGAGAUGGCUGCUAACUCAGAGGUGGUUCCUGACAUCACAAGUGACGGGCAGGAGAUGCCUGAAAUAACUGAGCAGGUUCCUUCUUCAGAAAGCAAUCUAGAAGAGUUAACACAACCUACUGAGUCCCAGGCUAAUGAUAUCGGAUUUAAGAAGGUGUUUAAGUUUGUGGGCCUUAAAUUCACUGUGAAAAAGGAUAAGAGCGAGAAGUCUGAUGCUGUCCAACUGCUCACCGUCAAGAAAGACGAAGGCGAGGGAGCAGCUGGGGCAGGCGACCAUCCGGAUCCCAGCUUGGAGGGAGGGGAGACUGCUGCCAAAGAAAGUGAGUUCCAGCAGUCCACAGAGAAACCCCAGGGGGCCCUCAAGCAAGAACAAAGCCACACAGAAAUUUCUCUUCAAGCUGAGUCUGGGCAAGCAGCAGAGGAAGGCAAGGAGGAAGGAGAAGUCAAAAAGGAAAAAGAGUCCAGCAAGUCCCCAGAGUCCCCGACUAGUCCAGUGACCAGCGAAACAGCAUCUUCCUUCAAGAAAUUCUUCACUCAAGGAUGGGCCGGCUGGCGGAAGAAGACCAGUUUCAGGAAGCCAAAGGAGGAGGACCUGGAGGGUUCAGAGAAGAAAAAGGGACCAGAGCCAGAAAAGGCAGACACAGAGGACAAAGAAAAGGCAGAAACCAGCUCUGAGAAACCCACUGCUCCUGAACAGCCGCUUCCACUGGAGGUGAUGACAGGUGCUCAGGAGGCCAGACUAUCAGCCGAGUAUGAGAAAGUAGAGCUGCCUUUGGAAGACCAAGGCAGUGGCUUGCAGGGGUCUCCUGCAGAGAAACUCGCUCCGUUGGCAACAGAAGUCUUUGAUGAAAAAGUAGAAGUCCAGCAAGAAGUUGUUGCAGAUGUGCAUGUCAGCACUGAGGAGCACACGGAGGAGCAGGAGGCCGAGGUGCAGGAGACAGUGGAGUCUUUGCCUUCAGUAGAAACAGAUGCUGAACCUCAAGAAGCUGAAGCUGCCAAGGAGCCAGUAAAGGCUGAAGAAGUUUGUGCCCCUGGAGAGGCCCACCCCCAGGAGCCUGAACCAGGCCCUGAUGAAAAAGUGUUGCCCAAACAUCCAGAAGGCCUUGUAAGCGAGAUGGAGAUGCUGUCCUCCCAGGAGGGGACUGAGGUGAGCCAGGUGGAGAUGCUGUCCUCCCAGGAGGGGACUGAGGUGAGCCAGGUGGAGAUGCUGUCCUCCCAGGAGGGGACUGAGGUGAGCCAAGUGGAGAUGCUGUCCUCCCAGGAGGGGACUAAGGUGAGCGAGGUGGAGUUGCUGUCCUCCCAGGAGGGGACUAAGGUGAGCGAGGCGGAGAUGCUGUCCUCCCAGGAGAGGACUAAGGUGCAGGGAAGUCCACUGAAGAAACUUUUUACCAGCACUGGCUUAAAAAAGCUCUCUGGAAAGAAGCAGAAAGGGAAAAGAGGAGGAGGAGGGGAUGAAGAGUCCGGGGAGCAGAGUCACAUUCCAGCAGAUUCUCCAGAUAGUAAUGAUGAGCAAAAGGGUGAGAGCUCUGCGUCCUCCCCCGACGAGCCUGAGGAGAUCACCUGCCUGGAGAAGGGGAUAGCGGACACGCCCCCGGAGGUAGAAGUUGAAGAAGGACCCACUUCUGAUGGUGAAAAGAAAAGAGAGGGCAUUACUCCCUGGGCGUCUUUCAAAAAGAUGGUGACACCCAAGAAACGUGUCAGAAGGCCUUCUGAAAGUGAUAAAGAAGAUGAGCUGGACAAGGUGAAAAGUGCCACCCUGUCCUCCACAGAGAGCGCAGCCUCCGAGAUUCAAGAAGAAGUCAAAGGAAGUGCAGAAGAGCAAAAGCUGGAAGAACCGAAGCGCAAGGUGGAUACUUCAGUGUCUUGGGAAGCUUUGAUCUGUGUGGGAUCAUCUAAGAAAAGGGCAAGGAAAGCAUCAUCUUCUGAUGAGGAGGGAGCCCCAAAGACACUGGGAGGAGACAGCCAAAGAGCAGAUGAGACCGGAAAAGACAAAGAACCAGGAACUGAGGCCAUGCUGGCUAGUUCCCAAGAACACGACCCAGGGCGGGGAAGCUCCUCACCUGAGCAAGCUGGAAGCCCUUCUGAAGGGGAGGGUGUCUCCACCUGGGAGUCAUUUAAAAGAUUGGUCACUGCAAGAAAAAAGUCAAAGUCAAAACUGGAAGAGAAAAACGAAGACUCUGUGACUGGGUCUGGGAUAGAACAUUCAGCUUCAGAUGUUGAACCCGGGAAAGAGGAAUCGUGGGUCUCGAUCAAGAAGUUUAUGCCUGGACGAAGGAAAAAAAGGCCAGAUGGGAAACAAGAACCAGGCGCUAUUGAAGAUACAGGGCCAGCAGAGGUCAAUGAAGAUGAUGCUGACGUCCCAGCCGUAGUCCCUCUGUCUGAAUAUGAUGCGGUAGAAAUGGAGAAAAUGGAAGCACAGCAAGCCCAAAAAAGUGCGGAGAAGCCCGAGCAGACAGCAGCUGUGGAUGUAUCCGAGGAGCUCAGUAAGAGACUGGUUCACACAGUGGCUGUGGCUGUUGUUGAUGGAACCAGGGCAGCUACCAGUGUUGAAGAGAGGUCUCCUUCCUGGAUAUCUGCUUCCGUGACUGAAAUUGAACCUGUCGAACAAGAAGAAGAAGGUGAAACCACACCAUUAACUGGGGAGGUGCUUGAAAGAGAAGUGAUUGCAGAAGAAACCUCCAUGGUUUCCACAUCUGUGUCAGAGAACAGAGAUGCCUGUGACAACUUGUUCAUCAGUGAGGUGCAGGUAACUUCUGAAGCUGUGACAGCUGCAGAAACAACAGAAGCAUUUUGUGCUGAAGAAGCAGCCGAAAGAUCGGGGGCUGAAGAGACCACAGAAAUGGUGUCAGCAGUUUCCCAGUUAACCGACUCUCCGGACACCACAGAGGAAGCCACACCAGUUCAGGAGAUAGAAGGUGGUAUGCCAGACAUAGAUGAGCAAGAGAGGCGGACGCAAGAGGUCCUACAGGCGGUUGCAGAAAAAGUGAAAGAGGAAUCUCAGCUGCAUGGCACCACUGGGCCAGAAGACACAAUUCAGGCCAUGCAGAAAGUAGAAUCAGAACUAUCAGAGGAGCUGGAAGAAGCAGAGGAGGAUUCUAAAUCAUUAGGCCUAGAGAGAGAAAUGGAUGUAGUGUUGAAAGUGCAUGCACAACAGACUAAAACUGAGCAAUUUACACAAGGGGAGGAGGUACAGGCCACCCCAGAAAGCUUCGAAGAAGCUCCUCAAUUCAUAGAGAGUGUAGAGUCCAGUGAGCUUAUAAGCACUGGUCAAGCUGAAACCUCAGCUGGGGUAAAAUCACAGGAGAUUACAGUAGAACAAGCCAUCCCCCCUGACUCAGUUGAAACCCUCACAGGCAGUGAGACCAGUGGCAGUGCCCCAGUAGCAAAUCUGGAAGCUCUAGAUGCGGCACAGCAAGAUGAGAUCGUGGAAACCCAGGAAGAUGAUGAGGCUGCAUCCAGACCAGGGGUCACAGAAGCAGAGUCUGUUCCUGCACAGAAAGAGAGGCUUCCAGCAUCUCCUGGUCUUCAAUCCCAGGAAGAAAAGAAAGAGCAAGCAAAAGUGGAAGCUGUUCUAGAACAUACAGAUGAAGAGGUAUCCGUGGAAACUGUACCCAUUCUGAAGACUGAAGUGAUGCAAGAGGCUGGCCAGUGUGCUGAUGAAGAAACCAGAGACACACCAUUUGUCAAAGGACUUGAAGUGCCUGUAGACACAGAUGUGAUGAUCAGUCAGGAAAAGGUCACUGAAAUUGCUCUUAAAGAUGAAGUGCUGAAAGAAGCUGAACGUGAAAAGAAUGGCACUGUUGAACUCCAGAGUCCUACCAAGUCUCUCCCCUCCCCAGUGGAGAGAGAGAGGGUAGGUGAGAUGGAAAGAGAAUCUCUCCCAUCCCCAGUGGAGAGAGAGAUGGUAGUUGAAGUGGAAAAGGAGUCCCUCCCAUCCUCACUGGAGAGUGAGAUGGUAGUUGAGGUAGAAAGGGAAUCUCUCCCAACCCCAGUGGAGAGAGAGAUGGUAGUUCAGGUAGAAAGGGAAUCUCUCCCAACCCCAGUGGAGAGAGAGAUGGUAGUUGAGGUAGAAAGGGAGCCUCUCCCAACCCCAGUGGAGAGAGAGAUGGUAGUUGAGGUAGAAAGGGAAUCUCUCCCAACCCCAGUGGAGAGAGAGAUGGUAGUUGAGGUAGAAAGGGAAUCUCUCCCAUCCCCAGUGGGGAGAGAGAUGGUAGUUCAGGUAGAAAGGGAAUCUCUCCCAACCCCAGUGGAGAGAGAGAUGGUAGUUCAGGUAGAAAGGGAGCCUCUCCCAUCCCCAGUGGGGAGAGAGAUGGUAGUUCAGGUAGAAAGGGAGCCUCUCCCAUCCCCAGUGGGGAGAGAGAUGGUAGUUCAGGUAGAAAGGGAGCCUCUCCCAUCCCCAGUGGGGAGAGAGAUGGUAGUUCAGGUAGAAAGGGAGCCUCUCCCAUCCCCAGUGGGGAGAGAGAUGGUAGUUGAGGUAGAAACGGAAUCUCUCCCAUCUUCAGUGGAGAGAGAGAUGGUUGUUGAAGAAGAAAGGGAUGAAGUCAAAGCAGAGCCAGCUCAAGUGAGCAAAGAGAAACUUGAGCAAAAAACAGGUGUUAGCGUAUCUGAAGAACCCACUGUAUCUGAAGAACCCAGCGUACGACUGGUUCAGACCUUUGAUGUGACUGUCACAGAUGGGGAGAAGGAAGUUAGCCAUGUGGAAGGAAGCCCUCUUCCUUGCCUAGGUGAAGAGGAGGCAAUAUGCACAGAAGUUCAAGUUCAGAGCUCUGAGGCAUCAUUAACUCUAUCUGCUGCAGUAGUGGAGGAGAAGGUUUUAGGAGAAGCUGUCAAAAUUUUAGAGAUAGGUGAAACUUUGGAGUCUGCAGGUGCACAUUUAGUACUGGAAGAGAAACCCACUGAAAAAGGUGAAGACUUCACAGCUCUGCCCGGAGAAGAAGCUGAGCCUACAGGGCCUGAGUCUCGGGCAGAAUCAAUACCAGAAAUAACGUCUGCCACUAGUGAAAAAGGCUUAUGUUCUGACCUGGAAGGAGAGAAAACCACAUCACGGAAAUGGAAGUCAGAUGAAGUCAGUGAGCAGGUUGUAUACCAGGAAGUCAGAGUGAGUGUAGCAAGACAGGAAGAUUUAAAGGCUGGCGAUGACGUUUUGGAACUUGAGACUGAGAGCAGUAAACUCGUCAAAAACAUAAUUCAGACUGCCGUCGACCAGUUAGCCGUCGACCAGUUCGUACGUACAGAAGAGACAGCCAUCGAAGCAUUUACAUCUGAUUUGCAGACUCAGACUCACCUGGUGAGAGCCGAGAGCCAGGGAGCUGGACAGAAAACAGAGAAAGAAGAGAGUGAAUGGAAGGCCUCUGCACAGGAUGAAACCCAAACUAGUGCUGUCAAAGAGGAGACAGAGCUGAGUGCUGGGAGACCAGUGCAUUCUGAUGUUUCCAAAGACAUGAGUGAUGCUUCAGAAAAAACCACUGAGGUAGAGAGCUGCAGUGUAAAUGACCAGCAGCUGGAAGAGCUACUUCUCCCAUCUGAGAAAGCAGGAGAUGGAACUGGAACACAGUCUGUGCCAGAAGAUGAUGGUGGUUCCCUGUUAGAAGGAAUAGAGAAGUCACGGUUUGAAUCCAAAGAAGAUGAAAAAGGUGAAGCUGUUGAUUACCCUGAGAACCAAAACUCAGCCCUGGCAUAUACGUACGCCUCAGGAGACUUAACCAAAGAGUCCUCAGAUACAAAUGGACUGACACAAAAAGAGGAGGAUGCCCAGGAAGCAGGAUUUCAGGAAGGAAAAGUGCUCAGUGAGUCAGACACGGAGAUCAAAACCAAAACGCAGGAGGAGACAGAGAAACAAGAGAGGGAAUCAGCAACGCCAGAACUUAAAGAAUCUUAAAACAUCAUUUGAAUUCACUGUCAUUUUGCAAGACCAGAAUGUGAAGACAAGUCAUAGAAGAACAUGAAUACUGCUGCUGAGACUCGAGACCAAUAUUUCAGAACUUUGCGAACCAGAGGGCAGGCACACGAACUGAUCUCAUUUCUAGAGAGCCCUUGACAAUCCUGAGGUUUUAUCAGGAGCUAUAGCCGUAUACCAUUGCCUCUUUUCAAGACCACCCUACCAUUUUCCCUUGAUAACCAUAUAAUGUUUCUGAUUUAAGGUUCUAAAUUCUUACCCUGGAACUGGAGUUGGCAAUACCUAGUUCUGCUUCUCAAACUGGAGUAUCAUUCUGUAUGUAUUUAUGUGUAUGUUUUAAGUAAUCCCCCUUCUGUAUCUAUUGUAUAUUUUUUUCCUGAUGUUUAAGGAAAUGUGCAGGAUAGUACAGGCCUUUUGUAUGCCACGAUAUAUGAAGACAGGGCAUGCGGCCCUGGUGAAGCUUCGGGAAGCUUUAAGCCUCAUUUAUAGCCUGAGAAAAAUAGAAAGCUUCCUAGAAAUAACAUUCCUAAUCAGAAGGUACUGUUCUUAUUUUAAAAUUCACUAAUGAUUAGGUCCAUGUUGAAAAGCGCUCUGAAAUUGGUCACUUUCCUAUUGCGCACAGUGUACUAAAAAUAAAAAAGCAUUUUUAAACGUACAGAAUGUUUCAUUGUCACUAUGAAACUUUUCUUUCUAUCCCAGGGAAUGUUGGAAAGAAUCUCCAGUAGCAGAUUAACUUCUAAGUCUUUUCUCCUGCUUUUCAGUGGUUUAGUCCGAUGAAUGUGUUUAAUACUGAGGUAAAGUAGUGAAAUGUUUUUCAUGUUACAAAGAAAAGAAAGGACUGUUGUUAAGUUUUGAUUCUACUCUUUAUGCUGGACCACAUUUACAGCACGAAAUAAGUCAGGUUCUUACAAAUGGUAUUUUGAUAGAUACGUAAUUGUCUGUGCCAUAUUUGUGCCCAUUCUUUUAAGAACAGUGUUGCAUUAUGUUUAUUUGGAUAAAUUGUGAUUUGAUGACGAAUUUAAAUA